AGUGCGCCGAACUUUCAUUUCAGUGACAUUACACGACCUCACGAUUCAUGAAAUCAGAUGGCUUCAGAACUUGUACUUUUGACCGGGGCUACCGGACUCAUAGGAUUCCGCGUCCUAGUCUUCUGCCUGCGCAAAGGCUAUAGAGUCCGGGUCGCCUUACGAACUCUUGACAAGAAGGCACGAAUCCUGAACGCACCUUCGGUCCGGGACCUUGGCUCGGAGACCAAUCUAACCUUUGUGGAAAUUCCGGACAUUUCCAUACCCGGAGCAUUUGAUGAGGCCCUCCAAGACGUCGACUACGUAAUUCAUGUUGCGGCCCCCAUCGUUUCGACAGUUCCCUCAUCGAUCGGGGCAGACCUAGCAAGGCAUUACUUCAAGGCCACAACGGACGCGGCGCUACAUCUGCUCUCCUCGGCAAAAGCACAUCACACAGUCAAACGCAUCAUCCUUACAAAUUCGCUUGCCGCACUCUUCGACUAUGCCACAGACACGGAUGAGACUAUCCACACCGAGUCGACAAGAGCCACGAACAUCCAACAACCCCCAUACAGUUCUCCGUUUGAAGCUUACACUGCCGCCAAAGUAAGCACACUGAACUUGACUGAACAAUGGGUGGAGUCAGAAAAGCCCUCGUUUGAUCUUGUGCACAUAGCACCGGGGCACGUCUUCGGCCCAAACGAGCUUGUUACCGACCCGGAGGAACUAUUGCAGACGGGGACAAAUCGCAUCAUUCUCCUGCCCGUCACUGGCAGAGCAUAUCCCAUGGAGGCAGGAGUAACUGCGCAUCUUGACGAUGUGGCCGAAGCGCACAUUCGUGCUUUAAACCCAGCAAUCCCUGGUAAUCGACUGUACAUAUUGAGCUCGGGAGGCGUGGCGGGAAUCAAGCUUGACGACUGCUUCGAGAUUGUAGCACGCAACUUCCCGGAGCACGUUGGCAGUACGUUGCCCAAUAAUGGGAGUCUGCCUUCGUACGUUUUCAAGGUGGAUGCGGGCGAGUCGGCUCGAAUUCUCGGGAUUAACUUCAUCCCGUAUGAGCAACAGGUCCGGGAUGUGGUGGGCUAUUAUCUCGAGUGUGUUCAACAUGUUCAACAGCAGCGGAGUUCGACAACUUCGGACUAG